AUAUAGUAGAUUACAUAGUUUACGAUAUAUAGUUUGAAAGAAUUUUAAAACAAAAAUAUAAAAAGCUUACUGUUCUACUCUUAUUACAACAAUUCUAUUAUGCGCGACACCCUCUAACACCACAGUUAAACUGUGAAUUUUCUGAAUAUGAGGUAGCGAUUCGUUAUUGUGAGCCACGUAAAAAAAUAUUCCAAAACCAGUACUCAAUGAGUACCAAAUGAUCGUACAUUCCACCGAAUUGUGGUAGCAAAAUCGUCAGCGCCUUUGAAAAUUAUCGCGCACGAUUUAGUACAAUUAGAUGAUAACAGCGCGCGGUGUUACCGUGGGUUGUUUACAAACCGCCUAACGAUGUAAUGUGAUUUUCGACACUGAUAAUCGAAUCGAAUGAGAGUUAUCCUUCAAAUUCAUCGUAUUCGUCAAAAUAAGAUGUUUCAAGGUCUGCGCCUUAAUCUGUUACGAGCUUUUCCAUUUGCGCUUGAACUCUAUCAAAUUAAUCACGCAAGUCUAUGUAUAUUUUAAUUCAUCGUUUUAAAGCAUAUAUAUAUAUAUAUUACAUGUAUUUCGCUACAUGAAGUUUCUAUCAAAUGUUUAAAGCGAAUUAAUAUUGACCAACUCAGAGGAAUCUAUCCAAACAAGUUGGACCACUUAAUGAAUAUUAAUGUACUUGACGUACAUAGAUGACUAUGAAAAAUUAUUGCAACGAAUGAACUGUAUAUUAUGUAAAAAAUUCAAUAUCGUAUACACAGAGAAGGUUUGCUCAAGAAACAGUCGAGAAACGAUUUUAUUCAUUCUGCUUCUGGAAUCAAACGGUCCAAGUUAUGCAACGAUUGUCAAAAUCUACAGAUUGUUAUCAGCUUUGUCUUCCCAUCGUGGUUUCAUCUUGACCUAAUUUUUGACCUGCAGACAAUUCCCCGUGCCCGAUAGGAAUGCUCAACCAUAGUAAAAACAUAGUCUUGUCCUUAUUCAUAAGAUCAAUGAGCAAUACCUUCACCGAUCUUAAAAAGAUUUUGGCUGAGAAAAUUCCUAAAGAACAAGAGCGUAUCGCGGCUUUCCGUAAAAAGUACGGAAACACCAAGGUUGGAGACGUUACCGUGAACAUGAUGUAUGGUGGUAUGCGCGGGAUAUUAGGACUUAUAUGGGAACCGUCGGUUCUAGAUCCUGAAGAAGGUAUUCAAUUUCGAGGAAAAUCGAUUCCGGAAUGCCAGAAGAUUUUACCGAAAAUCAAAGACGAACCACUUCCGGAAGGUUUGUUCUGGCUGCUGAUUACCGGUGAUGUUCCUACGGAAGCCCAAGCGAAAGAAAUCUCUAAAGAAUGGGCCUCCAGAAGCGCAUUACCUGAUUACAUAGUCAAAACUCUAAACAACUUCCCCAAGUCGGUUCAUCCCAUGCAUCAAUUUUCCGCGGCGCUCACUGUUCUAAGUACAGACAGUAUAUUCAAAAAAGAAUACGAGGCAGGUAUACACAAAUCCAAAUAUUGGGACGCCACUUACGAAGAUAUAAUGAACCUGAUUGCCAGAUUACCCGUACUCUGUGCCAUGAUAUACAGAAACCUUUACAAGGAUGGCAAACUCGGGGCAUCUGUGGAUCCGGGCGGAGACUGGUCUGGCAAUUUCGCAAAAAUGCUCGGUUACGAUGACCCACAAUUUGCUGAACUUUUACGAUUAUACCUAACGAUUCACGCUGAUCACGAAGGUGGAAAUGUAUCUGCGCACACGACCCAUUUGGUGGCUUCGACAUUGUCCGAUCCGUAUUUGGCAUUCGGCUCUGGAAUGAACGGUUUGGCAGGUCCUCUUCAUGGCCUUGCAAAUCAAGAAGUAUUGAUAUGGCUAAAGAAGAUAUGCGCUGAAAUCGGCGAUAGUCCCACUGAUGACGAGCUGAAAGACUUUAUUUGGAAGACGCUGAAGAACGGUCAGGUCGUUCCUGGAUACGGUCAUGCCAUACUCAGAAAGACUGAUCCUAGAUAUAUAUGCCAAAGAGAAUAUGCAAUGAAGCACAUGCCGGAUGACAAAUUAAUCAAGCUCGUUGCUCAAGUGUAUAAAGUAGUUCCCCCCAUUCUUAUGGAACUUGGUAAGGUAGCAAACCCAUGGCCAAAUGUAGAUGCUCAUUCGGGAGUUCUCUUACAAUGGUAUGGAAUGACAGAGAUGCAAUAUUACACUGUCCUGUUCGGAGUAUCACGUGCUCUUGGUGUUAUGGCAUCUCUCGUUUGGUCUCGUGCUCUCGGCCUUCCAAUAGAAAGACCCAAAUCCAUAAGCACUGACAAGCUUAUGGAAUUGGUUAAAGCUAAAUAAAAGAAAACCAUUCUUAUUCGUGAAAAAUUAUGGUCACUAGAGCUUUCUUUCUAAAUAGCGUUUUUGCAACAUAGAACGAACUUAUAUACAAUUUAAUUGUCAAGCUCUUUAAGAAAAUGCGUGCAUUAACGGUAAACAAAAUUCAUUGUAAAUAUACGUGUUGCUUUUUAUUAACUUAUACAAUAACAAUUUUAGAAAUAAAAAUGACAUAAUUCAUUGUACAGUUAGUAAAUCACUAAGCAUUUAGUGCUGUCUGAUCCCGUGGUGGAAUUUACGCGUGUGUACCGACUAACAAAAGCCACUCGAAGGAUCAGUCUCGUGAUGAGACUCAAGAAAUAAAUUGAUCAGCCGAGAAUUUAGAAUCUUUGCGACUUUCGGUUUCUCCAUUCGCGGCAAGUUUGUUUUCGGCUCUUCCGUCGAUUUAUUAAUUGUUAAUAUUACCAAUAUAUAUAAUAUUAAUAAUAAUAUUGCCAAUAAUAAAAAAUAAUAAUAUCAUUGUAUCUUGUACCGAUCACCACCUUUCCGUGGACCUUCAUCUAUGGAAGGGGAGAGUUUUCCGUGAGUGUAAGAGUAGUGGAGAGCGAUAAGUAAUUUUUUCGCAACGGUGAAGAAAUCUUCAAAGCUUUUACCGUUCGAUUACUAAACCAUUAGAAAUUUCAGAAUUCGGAACUU